AUGAUACAGAAAAUGGGAAACAUGGUAGAAAAGCAUUUUGCGUUUUUUCUUUUAUUUAUUUGCUUAGCAAAACAUAGUACAUCAUCCGCCCAACCCAAACCCAACUUCAACGACAAACCCCAAAUUCCAUCUGGGACUAAACAUUUUGUGUUGAUACAUGGAGCUUGUCAUGGAGCAUGGAGUUGGUAUAAGGUGGCGACUCUCCUGAAGGACUCAGGUCACAAUGUCACAGCUCUAGACUUGGGAGCAUCCGGGAUCAACCCGAUCCAGGUACAGCAACUCCCUUCGUUAUCGGAAUACGUCGAGCCUCUGACGGAGCUCAUGGUGUCACUACCACCAAAGGAGAAGGUAAUCCUUGUAGCUCACAGCUUGGGUGGAGCCGUAAUAUCUAUUUUCAUGGAGAGGUUUCCUCAGAAAAUUGCUGCUGCGGUAUAUGUGACGGCUUUCAUGUCUGGUCCAACUCUUAAUUACUCAACUAUAUUUGCAGAGGUUACCAAAAGAUUUGAUUUUAUGGACUCUCAGUUCAGAUAUGAUAACGGGACCAACAACCCUGCAACCUCCUUUCUCUUUGGGCCUAAGGUCUUGGCGACAGAAUUUUACCAGCUCUCACCACCACAGGAUUUAACCCUAGGGUUAUCAUUGGUGAGAUUUACUCCUCUAUACAAUUACGAUGUAAUAAAGCUCACGAAAGAGAAAUAUGGAUCAGUUCCUAGAGUAUUCAUCGUGUCCGACCAAGACCAUGCGAUAGUGUUGGAUGUGCAAAACUACAUGAUAAAAAACAAUCCGCCAAAUGAAGUGAAAGUGAUAAACGGUUCUGAUCACGUGGUCAUGCUCUCUAAAUCUGUGGAGUUGUUCUCCUGUCUCCAAAAUAUUGCUGAGAAAUAUUCAUAA